AGUAAAAUUGGUUUAGAAAUUUGGUUUGUUUUUUUGUUUAUAUAUUUGAUUUGAUUUUUUGUUUAUUAUAAAUUGUUAUUGGUUUAGUUAUGGAUAACUCAUUAUGCAUUACAAUCCAAACCAUUUUAACCCAAUCCAUUAAAUUCAUUAAUCCAUUUAAUCCAUUAAUCCAUUUGUAACCAAUUAUUCUAUCCAUUAAAAUCCAUGGUUUGGAUUGGUUUGGGUUGAUCCAUUAAUUUUUACCCAUUUUGACACCCAUACGUCUACCCCACCAAACAUCUUACAUCUCCAACCUUUCCAUAAUAUCAUAGACAAGCCCGGUUCUAUUAUUAGCCAUCUUCUUAAAUCUGACGUCUGUUAUUCUACUAACAUCUGUUAUUCUACUAACAUCAUUCUUGAACAUGUCCCAUAUGUGUAGCUUAAUAAAAUUUUCUUCAAAAUUUUUAAUGAUGAACUUUUUUUCAAAUUGAUUUAUGCCAAGCUUCGUUAUGUUUCCAUUCAUUUUCUAAACUGAAUAAAUGGUAAAAAGUACGGACAUUCUUUGUCGGUACAACUCUAAAUAACAAGUCUCAUCAAUAGUUAAACAAACUAAAUUAGCAGAAAAACAUUCACAAAACAUCCUUUUUGGUCAAGUCACAAAACAUCUAAAAAACUAGAUCUGCAUAAAAAUUUUCAGUUUAGUCAUUCUUUUUGUCUAGUUGUGAUUUAUUUCCAAAUAUGAAAAAUAAAUACAAACAUAAGUGAACACAGAGACAACAAUGUUGGCCAAUAAUUACGAGAAGUCACAAUCAAAAAACAUGAUGCAACUGGAUCAAAAUAUACAAAAUCAUACUAAUACACAAUUGACCAGAAGUCAUGUUUGCUUCAAAGGAUGUUUCAUUUCUACUAUCACUCAGACGUCAAUAAAAACCAAACAUCAUCGCUAAGACAUUGACUACAACUUAAUUUUUAUCCAAAUGCUUGGGACACACCAAAUGAGUAUUGCUCCCAAAGUCAAAGUUAUCAGACAAACUAUCAAAAACGUAUUUCACAAAGAGAAAAAGACUUCUCUAUCACACUUAAAACCUAAUCAAUAAAAUCAAAAGGUAGAAACAUACACCCUAGAAAAUACCAAAACAUAUGAUACAAAAGAAAACAACAUAUAAUAACUAGACAAAUAUAGAUAUUGCACUUUUUAUACAAGGACCAAACCAUGUCGAGCUCAAACAAACAUACGGAAUAAAACUACGUAAACAGCAAAUCAAAACCUAAACUUUUGUGUAUGCAAUUAUCAUCUAACUCGUAUAAUAUACAUAACAAAAGAAAUAAAAAAAUCAAGAAAAUGCAAACACAAAAGUAUAGAUACCUAAAUCAGAAUCAAGAUCGAAAUUCCAUAUCCUUAUUCAUACCCACGUGCUCGAAUUGAACUCAAAAUUUAUCAGUUUCUAACAUUGUUAUUUGAACCAAACUAAAAACCAAAAUAACGAAACCCAGACUAAAUCCCAAUUUAAAAUAUGUUUUAUAUAUUUAAAAUACUAGUUCAAUUUAAUUUAAAAUAAAUAAACUAUGUGAUGUUUUUAUUUAUAAAUUAAAUUUAUUUAUUUAAUAUUUUCUAAAAGAAUAUUCCAAUAUUUUUGACAACAAACCACUACAAGAAAAUAAAAGAUUAUUUUUUUGUCACCGAAAAUAAAAGAUAAACACAAAUCUUAAAACGUUCUAGUUUGUCGAAUUUUUAUCCACUCCAUGUGCAACAUUGUUAACCGUAGACUUCGUGUAGUUAAUCAAAAAUUGUUUGCUCGAAUUACAAAAAAAAAACAAAAUUUACAUUGUUAUAUGUAAAUUUUAAAGAGAAAAUUGUAAAAUUUAUUGUUUUAGCUUUCAAAUUUCAAAAGUACCUAUAUUUUUAGCUUUUAAAUUGUAAAUUAUUUAUUUCGAAUUAAAAGACUUAUAUAUUAUUUACUUCGAAUUAAAACUAAACACUUAUUAAACUGUUUAUUGUUAUGAUUAAACUUUAAUGAAAAGAAACGGCGAACUCAAAAGAUUUUCCUUUUUUCAAUCUUUUGGCGGUGCGUUCAAUUUCCUUUUAUUUUUUAACGACAUCGUUGAAUUUCCUUUUUUGAGUGUCAGAAAAGGAAAUUGUCAAUUCAAAAUUUCCUUUUUUCGCAUGUGUGCCGAAAUCUAUAAAAAGAGUCUGAGAUCACUUAUCCUUCACUACAAUUUCCUUUUUUGCUCUCUUGCUCUAUUUUCCUUACGUUUUUUUUUUCUCUGCAAGCGAUUCUGCUUCUAAACCCUAAAAAGCUUUUGCCUUUUUUUCUUUCUCCGCAAGCGACUCUGUUUCGAAACCCUAAAAAAGCAGCAAAGAUGCAAAUCAUUCAAUCAAAGGAAGAAUUCGUAAGGUUUCUAGGAGAAGGCUCCUUUGGUUGCGUUAAUCUCGUCCGCUACUCCAAUCCCAACGACGGCUCUUCAUACCUCUCCGCCGUCAAGAACUCUUACGAAGAAGACUACGCCAAUCUCCAAAGCGAGUUAGACAUCCUGCUCGAACUCAGGGGCUAUCCCAAUAUCGUUACGUGUUUCGGAGACUCUCUCGAAGAAAGCUUGAGCAGAUCCGGGAAGAAGCUCUACAAACUCCAACUCGAGUACGCUUCCGAAGGUAGUCUAAGCGCUUUCAUGGACAAAUACGCCGACAGGAAGUUGCCGGAACCGUUGAUCAAAGAUUUCACGUGGAUGAUUCUCCAAGGUUUGGUCUCGGUUCACGGCCACGGCUAUGCUCACUGCGACAUCAAACCAGACAACCUACUCGUGUUCCCUUGUUCGAGUAGCGAAGGUUACGAGAUCAAUAUUUCCGAUUUCGGUAGCGCGUUAGAGGUGGGAGACGUUCCCAAGUUCUGGGAAACUAAUAUGCCGUGGAUGGGGACUCCGUUCUACAUGUCUCCGGAGUCGGUCCGUGACGGCGUCGCCGAGAUGUCUGUAGACUUGUGGUCGGUGGGGUGUUUGGUUCUGGAGAUGUACACGGGCGUGAUUCCAUGGGAAGGUGUUAAUCUCCAUCUUCUAGCUACUCUUCUCCGUUGUGGUGAAGCUCCUGAGAUCCCAGAGAGUUUACCUUCCGAUGCAAAGGACUUUAUCCAGACGUGUUUCUCGAGGGAGCCUGAGGAGAGAGGGAGCGCUACUGAGUUGAUGUCUCAUCCUUUCUUGUCUCGUCCACAAGUUGAAGAGAAGAAAACAGAGGACGAGAUAACAGGAAAAUCGUUUUUGUUGAAGUUGCUCAAGUUGAGAAUCAAACGAAGAAGUUCCAACAAGAAACCAACGACCGAUGCUGUUGCUGUUUCAGACAAGAAGCCUCUGAAGUUGAGGUUUUUUCCUACAAAGGCCACACAGUUUAAGAGAACUCUGAACAAAGUCUUGAGGUUGAAGUUCAUGCCUGUGAACAAAUCGGCCUACUUCAGAUUAGUGUCUGUUCAUUAA